AUGGCAGUUGCUGUUGAUGCUGUUGCAGACGAUGAUGACGAUAAUGACGACGACGAUGAUGGUGAUGAUGAUGAUGAUGAUGAUGAUGAUGAUGAUGAUGAUGUCGAGGACAAGGAUUAUUCCUAUGCAGAUGAUUACUUGGGGCGCAUGAGAGAGAACACUGGGCUUAACUAUAAUUUUGGAAGUUUGAGUAGUGUUGGAUGA